CGGGUAUUUUGUGCUCAGGGUCGCACCGACGUACCUUAAAUAAUGGAAAGGCCUUUACUUUCUCCAUUUAGUCCUAAUCUGCCAUAUUCUGCAAAAGAACGAUGGGUUUGCGUUUAUCCUGCGUAUUUAAAUAAUCGUCGGACAAGAGCUCAAGGGAGGAAAUUGUCUGUGGAACACUGUGUUGAUAAUCCUAAGCAUUCGGAAGUAACGAUGAUUUUGGGGAAGCUCUCUCUCGACUAUCUGUUAGAGACAAAGGUCCAUCCUAAGGAAAGGGAUGCUUUCGAACCUAUGAACAAAUGGCGUGUCCGCGUCCAUUUGAAAAACGAUGAUGGCAGUCCCGUAAAUGAACAGUUUCCAAAUCGUCAGUCUCUUUUAUCAUAUUUGGGAAAGGCUCUUCCUGUAGUGCGGUCAAGAAGACCAACCACAUCAAGUUCUAGUACUACGGAACAAACCUUCCAAGGAAAGAAAAACAAGCGAAAAAGGAAGUGAAUACAUAGAUUUAAAAGUUUAACAUAACCUACUAUCAUGUACUUACCGUAAACAUACUUCGUCUUGGGUGAUUUUGUCCUUAUGAUUACUUCUCAGUGUUUUUACAAUUGUCUUAGAGUGAAAAUAUAAAAGAUUGGUUGGUUGCUGA